GGAGAUACAUACUGCUUAAAGAUGCACUCAAAGGCAACUGGGACGAGGCCAGUAGAAUCUUUGUCCAAGAUGAAGGUGCGAUCACAGCCCCAAUCGGCAUGCAUUCCAAGAUAGCGCUCCAAACAGCAGUCGGGGCGAGAGAAAGGGCAAUCCAUUUUGUGGAGAAGUUGGUGGAGUUGAUGCCCAUGGAGGCCUUGGCACUGCAUGACCGAUUUGGUAUUACCGCCCUUCAUACUGCUACUUUGGUUGGCAAUAAGAGGGCCAUUGUUGUCUUGGUGCAAAAAAAUCCUGAUUUAGUCUACAUUAGCAGCAGUUCUGACCAUAUACCGGUUCAUAAUGCUGCAAAAUAUGCUUGUAAAGACAUCCUUUUGUUCUUAUUGGCCGCUACCAAGGAUGAUCAUGUGUCUAGGCCCUUUUCAAAUAAAAGAGUUGUUCGGCUUGUCAAUUACGCAAUCUCCUCCGGAUUCUUUGAUGUAGCCCUCAAUCUGAUGCAACGCUAUCCCGAAGCAGCUAAAUCAAAAGUUGACGACAAUGAGUAUGCUUUGGCACGGAUAGCUAGAAAGCCAUCCACAUUCCCCAGUGGUAGUGGCCUGAACUUUUGGCAAUGCAUUAUCUAUUGUUGUGUUCCUGUGAAAUUGGAGACGAACCCCAUCAAAGAUCCCCCGAGUAGAGGCGACCUUGAGAAUCCAGCUUUUGCUAACAGAAGAUCUCAAGUGAUUGUGCACAAGUACGAUUGGAGUUUUUGGGCUCCACUUUUGAAGGACUUCUCCAUUUUCGGAAGUCAAAAACUGCUGACCAUGCUCUGGAAAAUGUUUGAAAUUUUGGUGCCUCUCAUCAAACACAUCCAAUAGCAAAAACAAAUGCAUCUUGAAGCACUUACACUACUCAAAUUUGUAUGCGAGGAAGUUAGAUCUUUAAAUGACUCAGGCACUUUUAGUUCAUGUACCAAAGAUCCAGUUAUUAGCGCAACAAAGUUAGGGAUUCACAAGGUUAUAGAAGAGAUUGUGGAUUCAUUUCCUGAGACAAUUUGGACGACGGACAAUGACAAUUUUACUUUAUUUGAACGAGCAGUUAUAAAUUGCAAUGAAAAUGUAUUCAACCUCUUAUAUCAAAUGG